AUGGUCAUCGCCGGGUGCUCAUUGCAAGAUUCAGCAACAGACACGAGAAAAUCAGUCGCGCAAAGCCAGAGGCCGACGCUUCUCACGGCUCAUCAGGAGUUUCAGUAUCUUGCCGCGUCAAACAAGCGGCGCACGCACGUGCUCGUGAGCGACACCGCACUGACGGUGGCGACAGGAGAGAGGGAAGAGACGGCAGGAGCUACGGCAGGGACGGGGGACCCAAGCGAGAGCGGUCGAGGCGGGAUGCCGCGGUCAGUGGGCUUCGGGGGCUUCGGCGGGGGAGUGAUUGUUCCCGCCAUGGACGUGCGCCAACGCGCAUCGCCCAAGAUUCCGCCACUGUCGUCGGACGAAGAUCUGCCGCCGCCUCCCCCGCCGCCCACGCCCGCGACCACUGCGCCCCCCGCGGCUUCCUUCCCUGCGCCCUCGCUGCCCUCCCGCCGCUCGUCUUUGUCUGACGCAAUGGGAAGAGCAUCCGCGGCAGCGGCAAGUGCGGGGAGGAGGGACGUAGCCAUGGGAACGGGGAGGGACACGGGAGGGAUCACGGCAACGACUAAUAGCGGUUUCGUCAUGCCGGCAGCAGUAUCUGCGGCAGCAGCGGCAGAAACAGGAACGGCAUUGGAUAUGAACCACCCGCCUCCGCCGCCGCCCCCCACGCCAGCGGCACAAGCAAGGCGAUCGUUCACCACCACCCGAGGGUUCGCCGUGCCUGACCCUCGUGUUGUCGCUGGUGCCAGUUCCGCUGCUGCGGGCCGUGGUGAUUGGCCAAUCACAUCUGCUGCCGCGGCGCCGUCCAGCUCUCGUGUUGUCACACCCGCCGCUGUCACUGCCGCCGUGGCAGCCUCGGCUCGAGACACGUGGUUCCUCCCUUCCGCUGCCGCUGCGGCUGCAGCUGCCGCCACGGCCGCUGCGGCGGCGGCAGCAGCGUCAGCAGCUGCUGGCCCUGGCGCAGCGGCAGCGGAGGAAGACGAGGCGGGGAUGGCGAGAGUGGUGGGGUUUUCCGGUAGGUCCAGCGGUAGCUUUCGGUUGGACAGAUCCUCAAGUCGUGAGAGUGGCGGGGCUGUUGCCGCCGGUCUAGCCGCACUGGUAUCGGAGUCGUUAGGUGGUCGCCCGGAAUUCGACUCGAUGGGAGUGGGGUCGCACGUGUUCGCGCAACUAAAUGAGGAGGAGGAUGAUUUGGAGAAAGCGGAAGGGGAAGCAGGGGCAGACGCGGCGGAGGAUGGAACGCAGGCGGCGGGGGCGGAGGAUGACGGGUAUGAGGAGGCGGAGGAGGAUGAGGUGCGGGGGAAGGAGCUGAAGGUCUGUUUCCCGACGUCAGCGCCUAAGAUCUCGUUCGGGCUCGGGUGGAACUUCUGCCGCCUCAACACGCGCGGCGGCACCGUGUCGCGCAGCAGCAAGGCGGACGCAGCGGCGGCUGCGGGCGGCGUAGUGGCGGGCAGUCUGGGCAGCAGCAUGGGGAGCUACUUCUCCCGCACGGGCAGUAGCCCCUGCUUCCCCUUCCUCCACACGUCCUCCCCCACCACUCUCCCGCCGCUCCCCUCCAUUUAUACCUCCUCACACUCGCUAAAGUCCGCCGCAGCCGCCGUCGUCGCCGCCGGAAGGGCCGCGUCAGCGCCGUCGCUUGCGUCUGCCGCAGCUACCGCAUCCCCUGCGGGUGCGUCUCACGUUCCUUCCUCGUCUGCCUUGGGUGGGUUUCCUUCCGCCGCGAGCGUUGGGGUUCUGGCUUCCAGCCUGCCGUCCAGGUUCAGCUCUGGGUUCCCAAACCCACCUGCGGCAGCCGCGGCCGUGCCGGGAAAUAACGCAGCGCGUGUCGAUCCCGUGGCGGCGACACAGGCGGUUCCGUCGCAGUCUGCCCUGCCGUGUGCCCCGCCGUUCCUUCCGCGUGCGAGCGUGCAUCUGAGCAAGGAGGUGCGGGGUGCGGAGCAGCAGUGGCAGGCCGAGGCCGACGGCCUUGUAUGGGGCCGCAGCAAGCUGAGCAGGGUGGCGGAGGCGGAGGCGGCAGCGAGCGAUGCUUCAGACUCGGCUGUAGCGGGAGAGGCAACGGACUUGCUGCUGGAGGAGAAGGAAGAAGUCAUCGCAGUGUCAAUAGCUGUAGCAGAAACAGCGAAAGCGACGGUGGUGGAUGAGUUAGAAGCAGAGAUCGCCGCACCUGCGCAAGCAGCGGUUGAACCAGAGUGUGCGCCUGAAGCAGAAUGCGCGUCUGAAGCAGCUACGAUCGUCGUGCCUGAAGAGUCAUGCACUGUUACUCAGACUGUGCCCUUGGACUUGGCUGCAGAGCAGCAGUUCGUCUCCACUCUAUCCGCGUUAGAAGACGUCUGGCUUGCGGAGAACGUGUCUCUCGGCCUUGCGUGGCCUCGCAGCCUCGUGUCUCCCGCCCCACCCACUGACGGCCUCGCCUCGCCCGCGUCUGCCGCCUGCGUUGCGCCCACCGCCGCGGUGCCCCCCCCAGUGCUGCAUCUCGUGGGCGCAGUGCAGGACGGGUUGCGCGCGGGCGCGCAGCCCGUGCGCGCGUCGGGGGGGCUGGGCGGCGCGUACAUCUUUCGCGACGCGGCGCAGCGCAACGUGGCGAUCGUGAAACCCACGGACGAGGAGCCGCUCGCGCCCAACAACCCCAACGGAUACGUGGGACGCGCGCUGGGGCAGCCGGGGCUGAAGCGCAGCAUCCGCGUGGGGGAGGCGGGGCUGCGCGAGGUCGCGGCGUUCCUGCUGGACCACGAGGGGUUCGCGGGGGUGCCCGCGACGGCGCUCGUGCUCGCCACGCACCCCGCGUUUCACGUGAAUGUUGCGCCCGCGGGGCCUACGAUGACGCCGCGCGUGUCGGGGAAUGCGGGCGGGCUGUCCAGUGCGUUCUCGUUCGGCGUUGGCGCGAGUGGCGCCGCGGCGUCUGCUGCAGCUGCCGCUGUGGCGGGUGGGCGGGGCGGUGGAGGGGAUUGGGGGGAUGGCGGAAGCGGCGGAAACGGGGGCCGUCGAUUGUGCUCGUUGCAGCGGUUUGAGCCACACGAUUUCGAUGCUAGCGAGCAUGGGACGUCCCGGUUCCCAGUGGCUGCUGUUCACCGUAUAGGCAUCCUCGAUAUCCGCAUGUUCAACACGGAUCGACACUCUGGCAACAUCUUGGUGCGGCAGUUGAGCGUGGAGGAGCGGGAGUGGCGGCAGAGCGACCCGCAGCUGCGGGUGGACGAGGCGGUGCACCUGGUGCCCAUCGACCACGGCUUCUGCCUGCCCGAAUCCCUCGAACCCGCCUACUUCGAAUGGCUGCACUGGCCGCAGGCGUCGCUGCCCUUCUCCCCCGAUGAGCUGGAGUACAUAGCGGCGCUGGACGCGGAGCGGGACGUUUCCCUCCUGCGCGCGCACCUCCCGCUGCUGCGCGAGGGGUGCCUGCGCGUGCUCGUGAUCGCCACCACGCUGCUGCAGCGCGCCGCCGCCGCGGGCAUGACGCUCGCGGGGAUAGGCGCCAUGAUGAGCCGCGAGGUGCGCGGACUGGAGGAGCAGCCGAGUGAUCUGGAGCUGGUGUGCGCGGAGGCGCUGGGGGAGAUGAAGCGCGUGCGCAGGGCGCUGGGGGAAGCGGAGGGGGAGGGGGAGGCGGAAGGGGAGGGGUGGUGUAGGGAGAGCGGGGCGAUGGGGAACGGGGAAGGGGGAAUUCAGGAAGAGGAGGGGGAGGGGGAGGAUGAGGAGUUUUCGGAGAGUGAGGGAGAGGAGGGUAUAUUUGGGGUUGAUGGGUUUGGGGAGGAGGAUGGAGAGAUAGGCGCUGUGUUGGAAGGAGAGGAAGGGGAGGAAGGGGAGUGGUCUGAUGAGGACGAUGAGGAGGGUGUGGAAGGGUUGGGAUGCAGGGACGCGGGCAGUGAGACAGGCAGGGAGGCAGAGCGGGAUGGUGGUGCAGGUGUUGAGGGAGAGGAGGAGGGGGCGGAGGAGGUAGGCAGCUAUGUGAUUCCUGAAUCGCUGUUGUGGAAGAAAGGUGCGAGGUGGGGUGAUACAGACUCAGAGGACGAAGAUGAGGAGGAGGAGGAAAAGGAGGAGGAGGAGGAGGAGGAGGAGGAGGAGGAGGAGGAGGAGGAGGAGGAGGAGGAGGAGGAGGAGGAGGAGGAGGAGGAGGAGGAGGAGGAGGAGGAGGAGGGAGAGGACAAGGAAGCAGAGGGUGCAAGGGAGGGUCUUGAGGCAGGGUUUGCGGAUGUCCACGUGGGCGUGGAAGCAGGGGGUUUUGUGGGUAUAGAUGACAGUGUGAGUGGUUACGAGCAGAGUGAUUUAGUGACAGCGGGAGAGGAGCAGUUUGAGUUUGACGAGGAGGCUGAGGUAGUGAGUGCAGGGUAUCAGCACCACGGGCAGCCAGACCUCAAGCACCAGCAGCAGCAGCAGCAGCAGCAGCAGCCUGGCCAAUACCCCUUCACUACUUCCGCCUCUCGCUCUCCUAGUAGUGGCAGCUCGGAGAGCAACGACUGCGGAGACAACACCACGAGCAGCAGCAACGGCGCCGGUCUGGGCAUGGGCAUGCGAGAGCAUGGCAGCGAGGCGGAUGACUUCUUCCCAGUGGGACUGGGCUCUAUGAGCUCGUCCCCUCCCUCCUCCCUUGCCUCCCCGCCCCUUCCUGUCCUUGCUCCUGCAGCCGCCACUGCACCGGACCUGGAUCCUCCUCCUGCUGCUUCUCUGCUCGCUGCUCGCGACUGCUCGCAUGCAUCUGCCGUAGUGGUGCAUGCUAGUGGGGGCAGUGAGCCGGCUGCUUUCCUGCCGGUGCUGUCAUGCUCCCCCGUGCCUGCAACAGCCCAGCCUGUCCCUGUGCCCGUUGUGGCCCAUCACUUCAUUGCCAAAUCCACCCGCCUAGGAUCCUCCUAUGCCCCUCCUCCCCGCCACCUGGCCCGUCCUCUCUUCCGCAAGCCAAUGGCUGCACUGCCUCCCCGCAUGCCUGCUCAACCCCCACACGGUGCAGCACUCGGUGUGCCUGCUGCUGCUCCUCUCCACACUGGUUUCAGUGGGGGCAUGGGUGCACCUGGGGCAAGGAGCAGUGGCCUGGGUGGUGCUGCUGGCAGCAGCGGCGGCAGCGGAUCGAACUUAAGAAGGGCAGUUGGUCGUUCCAACCUGGGCAGCAGCAGUGUUGGCGUCAGGGAAGAGGGAGGUGAGGAUGUGAGAGGCGAAGGUACAGCAGGUGGUGGGGUUAACCCUGGGAGGCAGCAGAGGCACAGCUCGAAGCAGAGGCGCAGCAGCGGGCAUUCCAAGGGCGGAAAGCAGCACGGUCGGCAGCAGCGGGGACAGGCACAGGGGGGAAUGGCACGGGAUCCGCGAGGGAGUGCGACGGGGGAUGAGCUGAGUGCGCAGUUGAUGGAGCUGGGAGAGUUGGGUGUGCGGUCAUGGAAUCUGUACAUGGAGGUGCUGCUGGUGCUGCUCGAUGAUCUCAUUCUCAGGAGGAGCGGAGAGUCUGUUUCCAACCGCCUGCACUUCGGAACUUCGUGCCAUGUUCCCCUUGCUCUUUAUCCCUGCGCCAUUCCUUGUGCCUCCCCCCCUCCGCAGCACAACCCCUACGAUUCCGGCAAUCCCGACGGCCCGCCUCCCCCAUACGGCGGUCACCCCUACGCUGCGCCCGGCUACGGCGCGCCUCCGUCCGGGUAUGGUGCUCCGCCUCCGCCCGGCUAUGGCGCUCCCUCUCCCGGCUACGGCGCCCCGCCGCCCGGGUACGGCGCGCCCCCGCCUGGUUACGGGGCGCCCCCCCCAUCCGCCAUAGUGCCCGCGGGGGCGUACUCCAUGGGGUACCCGCCCGCCCCUCCCGGCCCCGAUGGUGCUCCCCCCAAGGUGCGGACAGAGGAUGGGCACGGAGAUUGCGGGGACGGGAGGGAGGUUGGGGCGGAGGAGAGGGGAGAGGCAGGAAGGGUGCAAUUCCUGGCGGUGCUGGUGUUCUCGGUGGUGCUGGGCGUGAAGGGCGUGUCGUCCUCCUCACAGCAGCCAGCGCCGGGGCAGACCGUCUACUCCUUCUCCGACUAUGCACCGCAGUUCGCCGCUGCUGCUGCCACCGGGCUCAUCUUUGCGCUCGUGUGGCUGCAGCUCAUCAAACUCAUGCCGCGCAUGAUGGUGCACAUAUCGCUGUGGUUUGGGUUUGUGGCGCCGGUGGCGGUGGCGAUCGUGGUGUUCGUGUACGGCACGGCGCCUGCGUGGGUAGGCGUCGUGCUGCUCCUCUCCUCGCUGCUGCAGCUGCUCUACAUCUGGCUCGUGCGACACAGGAUCCCGUUUUCAGCGACGAUUCUGAAGCACGCGGUGCACGUGGUGAACACGUUCCCGUCGGUCAUCUGGGUGGCGUACCUCUUCCUCCUCCUCAGCCUCGUCUGGACUGUCAUCUGGGUCGUCGGCGUCUCAGGCGCCAUGUCGCUGACGAACGCGUUUGCGGUGCUCAUCAUCCUCGUGCUCAGCAACUACUGGACCAUGGAGGUGUUCCGCAACGUGGUGCACACGACAGUGGCGGGCACCACGGCCACCUACUACUUUCUGCGCCACAACAUGCCGCCCAACCCCACCGGCCUCGCGCUGCACCGCGCCGCCACCAAGAGCUUCGGCUCCAUCUGCUUCGGCUCGCUGCUCGUUGCGCUCAUCCAAACCCUCCGCUUCAUUGUGGCGGCGCUAGCGAACAACGACGACGGGGGCAACUUCAUAGCUUGCUGUGCGCAGUGCAUCCUGGCGUGCAUUGAGGCCAUCGUUGAGUUCUUCAACAAAUACGCCUACAUCCAGAUAGCGAUGUACGGCAAGACGUUCAUCCGCGCGUCCAAGGACACGUGGGAGCUGUUCAAGGCGCGCGGGGUGGACGUGCUGAUCAACGACGACCUGUCGGGGGGCGUGCUGGGGCUGGGCAUGUUCAUCGGGGGCGUGGUGGCGGCGCUCGUGGGCGGGCUGCUGUCGCUCAACAAGGCUGUCGAGCUGCUCGCGGCUGUUUCCAUCGUCAGCUUCAUCAUCGGCCUCGUCCUGACGGGCAUGACGUUGACGGUGGUGGACAGUGCAGUGGGCACGUUCUACGUGUGCUACGCGGAGGACCCCGCCACGCUGCAGCAGAACGACCCCGUGCUCUACAACAAGGUGCAGGAGCGCGACAGGGAGAUCCGCGACCGCCGCACCCGCCACGAGGCCCAGGCCGCCGCUCGGCAGGCUUCCAGGUGA